GAAAUCUAAAAGACGAAGCUCGUCCGCUGCGGUGCUGCUGUUCUUGCAUAGACACCUCCUUCGUACUGGAGGAAGAGCAACCCGCACUCCUGCAUAUAUAUGUGUGUGGUGGUGGUGGUGAUGGUGUGUGGUGGUGGUUAGAAACACGACCUUCGCUCGAUAGACUUGAGCAAGUACAACUGAUAGAAGCAAACAGAAAAAAGGAAAAUGUAUGGCAACGCCGCAACGGCGGGCCUCGGUCCCACCAGCAGUAGUCAGCAUGCGGCCAGCAAAUCCGCCCACCUCCGCGCUCCAUCCGCCGGCAAGCGCAGCGCCAGCGCCGGUGCAUGGCGUCGUGCCGCUUCUCCCCUCGCCGCCUCUUCUACGUCGCCGGUGUCUGCCCUUCCGGCUCGGCGCCGCUCCGCUGCCGGGGCGGACGGCAGAGGUAGCCACGUCAGGAAUGCGGGCGCCGGCGGUGGUGGUGGUAGUAAUACUCGGCCACCUACGCGGCCCGCCUCGGUAGACCCGACCCGGCUGGCGGACGACAGCAGCAACAGCAAUCCCGUCUCCGGACACGACGUUGCCUACCUCUAUCAGCAGCUGCAGGACGCCCUGCACCAGCAGACCCACAUUGAGGACGAGCGACAGCGGCAGCUCGGGCAGUACCGCCGCCAGCUCCGCGCCUACUGCAACGACAAUGCGACGCUGCGGAACAUCAUCCUCGCCGGUGAAUCACGCAAGCGCGAUGCAGCCGCGUCGGUGUCGGAUGAGGUGUGCGUCACCGGGGCACGCGCACACAGCGCCGGCACCCGCAACGGGCCGUCCUCCGUCACGGCAGCGGAGCUGGAGGUGGUGGAGGAGCGCAUCCACCUUGCGCGUAAGCGGCACAACCGACUGAUGCACGAGGUCCGCGUGAACACCGCUGCGUUGGAGAAUGAGACGGAGUUGCGGACGAGUAUAACGGAGGAGGCCGGUGCCCCGCUCGAUCCGGCGUCGCUGCUGAUGGGGGCCAACCGACCCGUCUACCUACGCCUGCUGCGACUGGAGCACCUCUUAAACGAGGUCCUGCGUAAGCAGAGCACCGUCGGUGUGGUGCUCAAGAACUACCGCUACCACCUGGCGACGCUGCGCGAGGAGGCGACGCAGUACGACGUGCAGCAGCACAUGCUCGAGAACGAGUACGCGGACCGCCAUCGCGAUCAUCUCCAGCUACUGGAGCUGUACGACACGGCGCGGGCGGCCUAUAGCAGCACCGUCGAGGCACGAGUGGCACUGCAGCAAAGCGGCGCGAAGAUGCGCCGCGCGAAGGAAAAGGCCCUUCAGCAGAAACGCAAGGAGGUGGAGAAGGAGUUGGCGGCGACGCAGGUGCAGGAGCGGCGGGCAGUGGACCUGCAACUGCAGCUCGAGGAAGAAGCCCAGCUCCUCGAGGCAGCCGAGAACACGAAGGCGCAGCUAGAGAAGCAGCGGUGGAACCUGCGCGCGGCGCUGACGCUGCUCAAGACAACCAACACCUCGCGGGAUGGCGCAGAGGGCGAUGCGGCCGGCGGUGGGGACGGUGAAAUGGAGGACGAUGUCGCGGAUGAGCGGCUUUCCGCCUUUGAGGCGGCCUUCCGCGAUAUGAUGCAGGUCGCCCACGCUGACACGCUCGACCAGUUGGUGGACAUCUACACCGCCGAAAUGGAGCAGCAAUGCAAGCUGCAAGAUGACCUCGACAACCUACGCGAGACGCGGAGGGUGCUGCAGCAGGAGACACGGAUGCUGCAGGAGCGGCAGAAGCAGACCCGGUACUGCGUCGGGGCUGGCACACACCACGGUGCUGCGUCCGGCCAGGACGCGUCGUCCUCCUCUCAAAGCGAGGCGUGGAGAGGGACGGCAGCCGGCUCGCCGCUGAUGGAGCGCGAGAUGGAGACCUUUCUCAGAGAAGAGAAGGACGCCUUGUCGGCGCAGAUAAGCGCAAACGCGCAGAACCAGUCGCUGCUGCGCGAGGUGGCGGAGCGCAUGAACCGACUCGCGGCGUUGGUAGCCGACUACCGCGCUGAUGUGCGUCUACCCGAAAUACGUGCCAGCCCGGCUUUGGCGAGGCGCUCCUCGACGCUGCCGCUGCACUCCGUCGUGCUGGCGCAGAAGCUGCUCGCCCUGGCAAGUGACGCAACGUCGCACAACGCAUUCAUCACCACAGCAACAGCCGCCGCUGCUUCUUCCGCGGCCCAUAGUGCUAUACAAGACGACGGUGUCGACAGCGGCGCAGUCCCGGUUGUGUCCUCCACGCAACUCGUCAUCCCGGCAAAUAACCGGCGCGUGCCCCUCGCCCAUGAACGCGGCGGCGGCGGCGACAACAGCGGUGGGGCAGCGGGUCCGACACGCCCUGCGGCUGAUGUGGCCGGCAUCUCGUCGAUGGCUGCCCGUGCGCUUUUGAACGCGACGGAGCACCCGGUUACCUCGCUGGCCGGUUCUCCGCAGAAGCAUAUGAGGGGUGCGGCCGCCGGGAGCGGUGAGGGCUUUAAACGGCAGCGGAAGCGUCGGUCGUCCGCCCACGCGGGGGCUGGCUUCAUUGAAGGCCUGGAGGAAGACGACGACGACGACGAGGUGCAGCUUGCGACGGUGGCCGCGUUGCCUCCGCCGGGCGGUCGUGUGCUGGACUUCGAUCUCGACUCGUUGAACGACACCGACGGCGGGGCGGUCAGCGAGAGCUCGAGUGUGCCGGCGCGCCACGGCAAUACUAUCGAUGGCGGUGAUGCGGCGGCGGCGGCGGCGGAGGGGGACGGCGAGACGAGGGCGACAGCAAUGGCACAGCGUCGACGGCGUUCGUCAGCGAUGGCGAAUCUGGCUGGACCCAGCGGCGGCAGCGCGCGUGGUGCCAUUGCAGCGGCAGUGGCUGAGGACGAUCAAGACGAUCCGCUGCGCCGCGAGGAGGUGAAGAAGAUGUCGGAGGUGCUUCAGGAGCGUCGCAAGCGUGAUGCGGAGGCGGAGGCGGAGGCGGCGGCGGCGGCGCAGAAGUAA